CGUACGUCGUCCGUCGCAACGAUGGACAAGCCCGGUUUACUGCCCGCCUACGUGCCCCAGGCCGAACCCCCGCGCCGUGGUCGCCGUCCUCGCGUCUGGAGUGCUCUCUUCGCUGGUCUGCUUGUCUGCACUCUUCUCCGUCUGUCCACGCUCUGGCCACCGCUCCCCCGCCGCUCGUCUCACACGCUGCAAAAAUGCCGCUCGCUCAACGUCCUCCCGGGCCCUCCGCCCGACUUCAACACGCGGCCACAGUCCGACAGGUUCGUAGAGGGCACUAGGCCCACGCUCAUCAGAAACGCGACUAUCUGGACGGGGCGGAACAACGGGCUCGAGAUCCUCACCGGCGACAUCCUCCUCGACAAGGGCCUCAUCAAGGCCGUCGGCCACGUCCAGGACAGCCUGGUCAGAUGGUACGGGGAUGACCUCGUUCACAUUAACGCGCAGGGAUCCUGGGUGUCUCCAGGCAUAGUCGACCUACACUCCCACCUGGGAGUCUACUCUGCCCCGGCCCUGAGCGGUGCGAGCGACGGCAACUCUCGCCACGGGCCUGUCCUGCCCUGGCUCCGCAGCUUGGACGCGCUCAACACGCGCGACGACGCCUACAGGCUCUCCAUCUCGGGCGGUGUCACCACAGCCCUCGUGCUGCCCGGUUCUGCCAACGCUAUCGGUGGCCAGGCCUUUCCCAUCAAGCUCAGGCCGACGAAAGAACGGUCACCCAGCUCCAUGCUGCUCGAGCCACCGUAUGGAAUCAACGGCUCCGAGGUGGACCCCUCUCUACCGCCUCGGUGGAGACAUAUAAAACAAGCAUGCGGCGAGAACCCCGACCGCGUCUACUCGGGCACGCGCAUGGACACCAUGUGGGCGUUCCGCCAGGGGUACGAGCACGCGCGCCAGAUCAAGGAGCAGCAGGACGCGUACUGCGCAAAGGCCGAAAAGGGCUUGUGGGACGGCCUCGGCGCGUUCCCGGAGGAUUUGCAGUGGGAGGCGCUCGUGGAUGUUUUGCGGGGCCGGGUCAAGAUCCAGAAUCAUUGUUAUGAGACGGUGGACUUGGAGGAUAUCGUUAGAUUGUCGAACGAGUUCAAGUUCCCCAUUGCUGCGUUUCACCACGCGCACGAGACGUACCUCGUCCCUGGGACGCUUAAGAAAGCCUACGGCCACCCGCCCGCGAUCGCGCUAUUCGCCACGAAUGCACGGUACAAACGCGAGAGCUACCGCGGCUCCGAAUUCGCGCCGCGCAUCCUCGCCGAUGAGGGGCUGCAGGUCGUCAUGAAGAGCGACCACCCGGUGCUGAACAGCCGGUACCUGCUCUUCGAGGCGCAGCAGGCGCACUACUACGGCCUGCCCGCGAACCUCGCGUUGGCGGCCGUGACUUCGACGCCCGCGACGGUUAUGGGCGAGGACCAUCGGAUCGGGUACGUCAAGGAAGGUUACGACGCAGACCUUGUUAUCUGGGACAGCCACCCGCUGGCGCUGGGCGCGACGCCCAAACAAGUCUGGAUCGACGGCAUCGCACAGCUCGAUAACCCCCACGCCGCCCCGCCCAAGCCCGACUCCUUCCAAUCUGCCCCCGCCACGCCGGACUUCGACAAGGAGGCGCGCGACGCGCUGGAAUACGAGGGUCUCCCGCCGCUGCUGCCCGAGCACGCGGAGGCGGAGGUGGUGGUGUUCACGAACGUGGGGAGCGUGUACGUCAAGGCUGCCGGCGGGGUGCGGCAGGUGUUCCUAGCGAAGGAGCGCGAGGGCGUGGUGGUGGUGAGGAACGGGGAGGUGGUCUGCCAGGGCGCGUGUGACGCAGCCGCGUCUGCGGGAAAGGCGAAGCUCGUCGAUCUCAAGGGGGGCGCGAUCUCUCCUGGGUUGACCGCGUAUGGCUCGCCCUUGGCUCUUCAGGAGAUUCAGGGAGAGGUGUCGACGCAGGAUGGGUAUGCCCUCGACCCGCUCUCGGGAGAGCUACCCAAGGUCCUCGGAGGGGAUUAUUCAGUCAUGCAGGCCGUCGACGGACUGCAGUACGCUACCCGGGACGCACUUAUUGCUUACCGCUCCGGUGUUACCACCGGCAUAUCGGCACCUAAACCUCUCGGUUUCCUCUCAGGACUUAGCGUCGCGUUCUCGACUGGUGCCGCACACAAGCUCGAGAAGGGCGCGGUAGUGCAAGACGUCGCCGCUCUGCAUGUCUCGGUCGGACAUGGAGGGGCCAUCCCGAGCGUGAGCACCCAGGUUGCGGCUCUGAGAAGGCUGCUCGGCAGCGAGGGGAAGGGCGAUUUGGGGCGUUGGUUCGAGCGAGUUAGAGAGGGCAAGACUACUCUUGUCGUCACCGUCCAGAACGCAGACGUCAUGGCUACUCUGAUUCGCCUCAAGCGCGAAGUCGAAGCGGAGAUGGGCCAUAGCAUCAAGCUGACCUUUGCGGGAGCCACGGAGGCCCAUCUACUCGCAAAAGAAAUAGGCGAAAACGGCGUGGGAGUGCUCCUAACCCCUCCUCGUCCCUACCCAGGUGUCUGGGAGGAGCGUAGAGUCUUGCCGGGUCCCCCGUUGACUCGAGAUAGCUCUGUGUCAUUGCUGCUGGCACAUAACGUGACGGUGGGGAUCGGUACCCACGAGAACUGGGCUGCUCGCAACAUCCGAUUCGACGCUGCAUGGGCUGCGCUCGAGUCCCACAUCGAGCUUUCAAAGUCGGAGGCGCUCUCUCUGGCGUCUGUGAACGUGGAAGAGUUGCUUGGACUGUCCGUUCCUCCCGCUCUGAGCGAUCUGGUGGCCACUACGGGAGGCGAUCUGCUUGAUUUCAGUAGCAAAGUCGUCGGCGUCAUUUCACCGAGGAGGGGUGUUGUAGAUCUGCUAUGAUCUUCUAUGUCGGAGAAAGCAAGGAAUGGCUGAUGAAAUACAAUUGAUGCGAUACACAAGAACAAAUAAAUAAGUCGUGAAUCCGAUGAGAAGACCUAUCGCCCUGUAUCCAGAAUUCGUCGUCGAGUCCAUGGAAUUUGAGG